AAAGCAGCCACUUACUUCCGGAUAACUUCCGAGUUGUCAUUUUUAAAAUGCGAAGAUUUGAAAGUGAAUUGUUAUUAAAAACAUGUGCCGGUAAAAUCGUUUGAAACCUCCGUUCUUCAAAGAAAAUAGUACAUAAAAAUGGACACGGACAAGCAGACAGUUUGUUUAACGUAUUCCAGCUAACAAACAAGCUAACUGCUAGUCUGGUUACUCUGUAUGGUCGGUAAUGGAGAGGCUAAUGUACAAGCUCACAGAGAGGAACGUCCUUUUCACGGCUUCCUUCCUUAUCAGACUGGCUUUGGUGUUUUAUGGAGACUACCAAGACCGGACCAUGGUGGUGAAGUACACUGAUAUUGACUACCAUGUGUUCACAGAUGCUGCGAGGUUCAUAACGGAGGGUGAGUCCCCAUACAACAGGUCGACCUACCGUUACACUCCUCUUCUGGCCUGGCUUCUCACCCCAAACAUCUAUCUCAACAUGGUGUUUGGCAAGAUCCUCUUCAUUGUAUGUGAUGUCCUGUCAGGCCUGCUCAUUUACAGAAUCCUCUGCCUGCGAGGUCUAAGCUCUGAGACUGCCCGGCGUUUUUCUUCUCUGUGGCUUCUCAACCCGCUGCCCAUGGGAGUAUCCAGCCGAGGGAAUGCUGAGUCAAUCCUGGCUGCCCUGGUUCUGGGGACGUUACUCUGUAUGGAAGCCCGACGUCCCACGGGGGCAGCUGUACUCUAUGGCUUGUCAGUUCACAUGAAGAUUUACCCCAUCACAUAUGCUCUGCCCAUUGCUCUGACGCUACGCACACCAGAGACGAGAGCAGAGGAAGACAGAAAAAGUUGGAAGCUGAAGAGGCUCCUUACAUUUAUUGGAAGUUUCCUCAACCGAGAGCUGCUCCUCUUUGCAAGUGUGGCCGGAGGGGUUUUCUGUGCGCUCACAGCACUCUUCUAUUACAUCUAUGGUUGGCAGUUUCUCCAUGAGACCUACUUGUACCAUCUGACCAGGAGGGACAUCAGACACAAUUUCUCCCCGUACUUCUACAUGCUCUACCUUACUGCAGACAGCAGGUGGAGCCAGUCGCUUGGUCUGGCAGCAUUCCUGCCUCAGCUCACCCUGCUGUUGAUAGCAUCCUGGGCCUUUCACCGUGACCUGGCCUUCUCCUGUUUCCUCCACACAGCCAUCUUCGUCUCCUUCAACAAAGUCUGCACUUCACAGUACUUCCUGUGGUACCUGUGCUUACUUCCUCUGGUCAUCCCACACCUGAGUCUGUCAGUAAAGCAGGGCUUAGGACUGCUGCUCCUCUGGUUUGCUGGACAGGGCAUCUGGUUGGGCCCAGCCUACUUCUUGGAGUUUGAGGGAUACAACAGCUUCUUGUUGAUCUGGCUCGCUGGAUUGCUCUUCUUGGUCAUCAACUGCUUCAUCUUGAUUCAGAUCAUCACCCAUUACAAGCAAACUCCACAGAGACUGAAGGCUGAAUGAUGCUGCCAUGGUUUGAAUGCGGAGGAUUUUCUCACUCCAGGAUGAAGAUUUAAAGGAUGUUAAAAGUCCUGCAACAUGGAUGCAUGUACAAAAAGAGUCUUCCCAGUUUUUAAUGACUUUCUCCAGCAAUCUAAGUCAUUUGGGCACAGAACAGUCAUACAGUGCCAUUUUGUGAGCAACAAAGCCUCAGUUGGAUUUUCAGUUAUUCUGAGUUAAACCCAUGGAUUAAAUGCUCGCUAUUGUGGGUCAAAACACUUAAAUCCACAGUGAGUCACACUGGGCAGAAAACUACUAGUGCAAUGCUUUCUCAAGAUUGAAACUUUCCCAUGACGAAGCAGAGGUUUUGAAUUUGCUGUAAAGGGUAAAAUACCUGCUGGAGAUCUGAGAUCACAUCCUCAACAAACAGUUCUGGGCCAAAGCGUUGAACACACCCUUUGGGGGUUUUUUUAGUUGGCAUUUUCCCCUUCAUAUUUAUGGGAAGCACUUUCUCUCUCUGGAGGGACAAGUAAUCCAGUUGUAUGCUGCUAAAAAUCAUGCAGUCCUCAGGCUGAGUGUCUCACUUUCAUGCUGGCAUUAAAGUGGGCACUCCUUUUGAGCCUUUAAAGCAGGGAUUACGAUGCACCAUGCAGAUUUUACAUUGCAGAGUCGAGGGAAAUCUACACUAAAUCAUGUCAUGUUUACGAGCUGACUAGUAGAAGUGGAGGCUGGCCCCCACCUUAGUCUAAUAGGUUGGAAGUAUUUUCUUCAUUUGUGGGAAAAUGCUUCAAGUAUCAUGCUGUUUGCUAGAUUUAAUAGUAAAGCCAGUUAAAUUCAGCUCUUGAUAAUGUAAGAUAGUUUUUUGUUGUGACUCAAUCAACUGUCAAGUGUUUGCACACAGAAAUGUUUAUGUAAGUAGUGGACUUUCUGUUGUUGCUUACAAGCCAAAAACGUAAGUAAUGUAUCAUCAUCUGUGUUACACAAGCAAAUAUUCAAAAAAUGGUCCAAAUUCUGGUGUUGAGUAAGAGCAAAGAAAAAAUGUUGGCAAUCGGAGUGGAAUGCUUGUGGGUAACUGACAUGUUUUACACAACUUGAGUUUGGAUUUAGAGGUUUUAUGUUGUUAUAUCUCAGCAACUUACUAACACUCUCUGCUUCAGUGAUGAAUAAAAUACAAGAAAAAUCUUAAA